AUGUUCAACGACUGCAUCAAGCUAUGUGAAUCAGAGCAUUCAGCGAUGUGUGGCCGCUCUUUCGCCCGCGAGUUCAAGCCAACAAGACUCAUCGACUGCAAAACCAGUGCACUUUGCGCGGCUUCCAACAGUCAAUAUGCGUGUUUGAGUUACGUUUGGGGCGAUGCACCUGUCGACAACGCGACUUCCAAUAAUCAAACUCUGGCCAAAAUCCCACAGACAGUAUCCGACGCAAUGUUUGUCACUCUCCAACUCGGUAUGCGGUACUUGUGGGUUGAUCGGUACUGCAUUGAUCAAGAUAAUCUAGAAGAGAAACACGACGCUAUUCGCAAUAUGGAUUCAAUCUAUGGAAACGCUUUUAUUACCAUCAUAGCUGCUGCGGGCAGCGGCUCAGACUAUGGGUUACCAGGAGUGAGCCGACUCCGAAAAGCAACACCCUCUGUAAGGAUUGGAAGUCAUGCUUUUAUGGUAGUGCAGGAUCCAUUAACGGAUAUAGAAGCCUCGAUAUGGAACACGCGAGGCUGGACCUAUCAAGAAAUGCUGCUUUCCCGUCGCCGCCUUAUUUUCACGGAUCGUCAAGUCUAUUUCCAGUGUCAAACACGUCAGACCAUGGAGCAGCUAAAUAAGGAUUUCGAAUCGACAGAUCUGAUCAAGUGGAUGACAGGGAGCAAGCAGUUUCUUCCGACCCAGAAAGAAUGCUUCACCAUCAAUGAUAUUUACUCUCGCUUAGAGGAAUACUAUGUUCGGACACUGCGGUACAAAACAGACAAUAUCAACGCGUUUGCCGGAGUGUUCCGCGAUUUGUCUGGCCGAACGUCAGACGACCGUAUGCAUGCUUUCCGGUCCGUACCUGGGCUUUAUAUGCCGCGUUCGAACCCGCAUUUUUAUGGUAUUCCGCUCUGGUUGCAAGAGCCCGAACGUGUUGAUGAUGAUAGUAAAAUGUUGUGGUGGCAAGCGCCCAAAAUUAGGGAUGAUGACAAGACUUCGGUGCGCUUUGGCCUCAACCUUGGGUGGAGGCUUGAGGAAGGAAGAAAAAGUGUUCUAUCCACACACGAUAGAGCCAUAGUGAAGCCCGAUUUUCCAUCCUGGAGUUGGGCUUCUGCCAAGGAUCAGCGUCUCAAUCACGGCCAGUGUCGACUGGUCAUCUCUAGCCGUCCCGACGUUUCCCACGAAAUCGGAGACGCGAAUUUCAGUGCUUCUGUCACGCACAGAUCUGGAGAACGUAUGAGCAUGUUGGCAUAUACGGCUCAGGCGGACGACUAUACCCGCUUCUAUCCAUGGAUAGACGUUGUCGCCUACACGAUUAGUGGCCAUUUGCGGGUAGGAGAACAUCGUCCAUAUAUUUUUUCUGAACUGCCUGAUGCUACUGUAUAUCUGGACAAUGACCAGGAAUAUACAGUUGGAAAAUUGAAAGCCCUAUAUAUCGGCAUGUUUCGAGAGCCAAGCCGAUGCGGGAGUUUCCAUGUGGCGUUGUUCUUGCUGUUGAAGGAAGCCGGACAACAUGAGUUCAGGCGCAUUGGACUUUGUACCAUGCACGACGGCGGCGAAUGUACUCGUAGUGGCAUGCCUGUCGAUGUUAAAGAAGGGUUUCAUCUAUUAUGGUCACGCAAAAGGACACAACUGGAAAAGCUCGAAGCCACAGUAAAGUGGGGGCGGAAAGCGCUGAGAAUCAUCUGA